UCAACACAUCUCUCGGCGUUCUCCCGGCCAGCGUGCCAUUGGCGCUUUUUCGAUGUUUACAUUACACAUUGCAUGUCAGUUUGUAAUUAACAACUGGCAAUAUUCCGACGUACUCGGGCAGCUGACAAAUUUAUGUAUUUACCUUUUUGAAGGGAAUGGGAGAUAUAUUUGCAGAAAUUAACUCCAGAAAACGAUUUUAGGCAAUGAGUUCAAAUAAAUACAUUGAUAGGCUAUCAUGCAGAGAGUUGUCCAACACUGAACAAUCUUCCUCAGAUGAGGGAAGAGACAUUUCUCAAAGAUGUCUCUUGUUGUUCAUCACAGUGUAAGUAUACUAGCCAUUAUUAUUAGAGAUGCCCAUAUUUCAUAUUUCACAACUGUGUCUUGAAUUCAAAUUUCGAUGUGCUUCUAUACUGCAUUGAUAGAUGCUGUUAUGAGACGUGCAUAUUCUUCUGUUAUUCAGAUUACUUUUACAAAAAUGUAUGUUUAACGUCGUAUUUAUUAAAUCUUAAUAUAUACUAGGGGCGUAUAGCCUCCAUGGAGUUCUUGAAAUAAAUAAUAAACUUUGACUGCAAACUUUUAAAUUUCGUGAUAUUGUGGACAGGAAAUGUGCUUGAUGGACCAUUUUUACUGUCCCUUAUGCCAAACUUUACAUUGUUCACAAACAUUUUGUUCCAUUUCUUAAACAUACAAUAUUAUCUUUGCAGGCUACAAUUCUUCUGCUGAUGUCUUUAAUGUUGGAACUUGGAAAUGGUGGUUUAAACAACAACGGCAAAGAGUUUGUCCUGGCCUUCAUGGAUAAUCUACGCUACAAUUAUGACCUUGAACUUUUCAUUGCCACGUCAGAGGAGACGGAGGUCAAGGUGAACGUCACGGCCCCAAAAUGGCCAUCGGCCGAUCUCGAUCAAUCGUUUACAAUAAGGUCCGGAGAAGUAAAGCAAUUGUUUAUAUCAAAUUCAUUGCGAAGUAUUGGUACAGCUAUCUCAGGUAAAGGCAUAUAUGUGUCAGCUGAUAAUAAUAUAGUGGUGUACGGUGUCAAUAAAGAGGACUAUUCCAACGAUGCUUUCCUAGGCUUACCAACGGAUGUCCUAGGGAACCGUCACUUCACUGUCAGCUAUUCUCCGGCCUUCAGGAAAUGUGAAGUUGUCAUUGCAGCAGUUGAGGAUGACACAAAUAUUCGAAUCAAGCUCCCUGUGUCCGACCCAGCCGUCAGUGUCAACUACCAAGGACUGCUUUAUGGAAAUGGGGGCGAGAUUAACAUUGUCCUGGAUCGGUUCAGUACCUUCCAAUUUCAAAGUGUAGGCGACUUGACAGGAUCUCGAAUAGACUCAGAUAAACCCGUGUCCGUCUUCAGUGGGAACAUGAAGACCAAUAUCGGGACAGGCAGUACCCAAGACCACCUAGUUGGGCAGAUACCACCAGUUGAGGCAUGGGGUAAACGGUUCGCAACAGUUCCAACCCCUAACAGAACUACAGGGGAUUACUUCCGGUUCAUAGCCAGCGAGGAUGACACUGUUGUGAACGUUACAAGACAUGGAACCCACAGUUUAGCUAACGCAGGGCAAUAUCUCCAACUCCUCAUACCAUCGAAUGAAUUCAAUCUCGUCUCCAGCAACAAGGCUAUACUGGUAGUGAUGUUUGUCCUCAGUCAGUUGACCCAAUUUGACGAAGAAGAAGCUGAUCCGUCCAUGAUUCUGAUCCCUCCUAUACAGCAAUGGGCGUCUGACUACACAUUCGCAACACCUAAGUUUUCAUUAGGGUCAUAUGAGAACUUCUUCAUGUUGGCCAUCGACUCUGCUGAGACUUCAGGGCUGAUGCUGAAUGGCAGGCCAAUGGUUCCUGAAGGCAACUGGACGUCAAUUCCCGGAACCAAUCUUGUAGGCGCCUUCGUGUCUCUUCCAGAGGGGGUACACAGAGUCCGACACAUCUCCCCUAUUGUCUUAUUUGCAGGCUACCUGUAUGGAAAAGCCUUAUCGGAAACUUAUGGAUUCCCCACAGGGAUGAGAUUAGCACCAAUAAAUGCGUUGUGUACGGCAACUUUAUCUGCGGUCGGAGACGGAGUUGACAACGACUGUGAUGGUUUCAUAGACGAGGAGCUGUGUUUACCGGGGGAUGAUGUUGAUGACGACAUGGAUGGCUAUCUGGAUGAGGACUGCGCCACAACUAUUCCAGUUGACGGUUUCUGGUCUGACUGGGGUGCGUGGGGAGACUGCAGCCAAGACUGUGGGGAGGGGAUGCAGACCCGGACAAGAUCGUGUGACGCUCCCGCCCCAGCCUUCGAUGGUCAACCGUGUGCAGGAGACAAUAACGACACACAGCUAUGUGUAAUCUCUUCCCCGUGUUACAACCCGGCAUUAGGCACCUUUCACAGAUCUUUACAAGACGAGGCGGUUUCGUCCCUUCCAGAACCCCCUUUUGCAUCAGUGCCUGAGUUGUUUGGAAACAGUGACGUCAUUUCGACAACCAGCAGAGAUACAAAGUAUAACACUGAGAUGCGCACGCAUUUAUUUGAGACUGGGGAGCCUCAAUCCUGGGCAGUUGCAGAAUCUGGACAAAGCGAACUCAUGACUUCAGUUGGCUGGGAUGGAUAUUACCCCACGUCAGUGUCGACACAGAACACUGGGUCUUAUAGGUCUGAACGUUCAUUCCCUGGCCAAACUGGAAUCAUCUCAUCUUUCAGUGGAGACGCUUAUCAUGACGCGGAUAUAUUGAUACAUCCAGAAACAGACAGGACCAUCGUUGGGAACAUGCUUCAGACAGUAACAGUGUACUCUUUAUCUGCGUCGCAUCAAAGUAGUCUGAGAUCAAACGGUAUAGAAUCACUAGAUGCGUACUCUUCCCCAAGUACGAUGAGUAGAUCGGUCAGUUCGAUGACAUCACCCCAUGAUCUUAGAACGGACGCCUUUGGAGAACUUUCGUUACAUACUGGAGAUGUUCGCAGGAAUACACACUGGAAAAUGUCAUUUGGUGAAGUUUCAUUCUCGGGUAAAUCUAUACCAUAUACUAGGGCUCUAUCGGACCAAUUUACGACCAGGUCACCCAAAUUCACAUAUAGCGACAAGUAUGUCACUACCAGGCUCGAUGGUCACAGUACUGUUGAGGUAAACGAACUGUAUCCUACCACCGUCGCUGAAACUUUAUCAAACAGUUUUGGAGUGGAAGAAACAGACAUCUUGAAACCAAUCUCCAGUGGGCUUGUUGAUGUGUCUCAGUCCAUCGCUCAGAUUACAGAAACUCCCGCUGCUGUCAUCAGUGCUGAAAGUGCUCAUAUUGUCACAUCUGGUCCUUACACUGUCAGCCAUGUUGCAGGAGCACCACCCCCAUCUUCAUCGUUGCAAGCAAAGUCUCCUGUGCGGCGUCUGUUGUCCUCAAGCUGUAUAUGUCCGUGCUCUAAGAUCACCGAUCUGAACAAGGAUGAACUGGAUGAAGUGACAAGGAGAAUUGGGCAGAGGCUUGCUUUGGAUAAAGCCAACCUGUCCGCUACUAUCAGGAAGCACAUCAGUGUCUGGGACGCAAGAAGUUCCUCUCGGACAAUAGGGGUAGUUGGGGUCAGUCUCAUCAUUGGGGUUAUCUCCGGGGUCAUCCUGCUGGACGUUGGAGCGCUGUUCAGAGACUUCAAAACUCUCUACAGAGACGUGAGGACCUUGUGUGCUUCUAAGGUUUGAUUGAUCCCGUGAUGGCGAUAUGGUAUCGUGGUUUCGGGUUGAACAUGUCCAAAUAACCAUAAUGGGUAGAACAUCCUUAUGUCUAUGAAUCGAUUAAGAAACAAAUGUUAGGAUCAAAAUUGUUCCUUGCAUAAUAAUUGUUGCAUUUUGCCUUGCUUGUAAAUUGAUGUAUUAUUAUUAUCAAUAAUCGUUUGGCCAAUUCUUCUCGUCAUCCCGUCAUAUUUUAUUUUACUACCAGUGGUUCCAGCUGAUAAGAUUUCAUAAUAUGUCGUGAAAGAUGUUAAUUAAGACAAAUCCACACAAUAAAUCAGAGACUUUCUUUCUUAAAAUCGCGCGAUUAAAUAUCCCUGCGUUCCAUGCAAUGUAUCAAAACUG